UAAAAAUAAGCAAAAACAAGCUCAAGAAAAUACCACCAACAAAUCAUCAUCCGAUAAGAAAAAUGAAUCUAAUAAUAUAGUUCAAACAGGAUAUACACAUCAACGAUCAAAAGUUUUUGGAUUCUCAUCCGAAAGUUCUGUCUUUUCCUUUUUGCCAGGUAAUGAUGGAGAAGGUGGUGAUAAAUUUAAGAGAUUGAGAGAAAAAAGGGCAAAAGAGCGUUCUAAAAGCCUGGAAUAUCAAAGGCAAUUUCCUAAAGAUCCUUUGGGUGAAAAAAUUAAGAGCCUCUUUGAAUGA